CUCUGACUUUCCAUAACAGGCAGGUUGAGUUACUGGAGAGAUACCUUGUGCUCCCCCAGUUCAGCAGCUCUCACUGCCUCUUUCUAUCAGUCAGCUUCAGCUCCAGGACCAUGGCACACCAGGUUGCCGUCGACCCCACAAAGAUGGGCGAAGGCCGAGCGAUUGCUGUGCUAACUUCCGGGGGAGAUGCCCAGGGCAUGAAUGCAGCUGUGAGAGCCACUGUUCGAGUAGGACUGUACACUGGAGCUAAGGUGUUCUUUGUUCAUGAGGGUUACCAGGGUCUGGUGGAUGGAGGGGAUCAUAUCCGUCCUGCUACUUGGGAGAGCGUAUCAAUGAUGUUGCAGUUGGGUGGAACCGUAAUUGGUAGUGCUCGCUGUCAAGAUUUCCGCACCAAAGAGGGACGCACCAAGGCCGCCUAUAACUUAGUCAAGCUGGGAAUCACCAACCUAUGUGUCAUAGGAGGUGACGGCAGUCUAACGGGUGCCAACCAGUUCAGGACAGAGUGGAAAGACCUGCUGGCAGACCUCAUUAAAGCUGGAAAAAUCAGCUCAAAUGAGGCCAAGAAUUCCUCCCACCUUAACAUUGUUGGCAUGGUGGGCUCCAUUGACAAUGACUUCUGCGGGACAGACAUGACCAUCGGCACUGACAGUGCUCUGCAUCGCAUCAUAGAAAUAGUGGAUGCCAUCACAACCACAGCACAGAGUCACCAGAGGACCUUCAUCCUGGAGGUAAUGGGUCGGCACUGUGGUUACCUUGCCUUGGUGACCGCUCUGGCCUGUGGUGCUGACUGGGUGUUCAUCCCAGAGAUGCCCCCAGAUGACGGAUGGGAGGAGCAUCUGUCCAGAAGACUGACUGAUCAAAGAGGCCGUGGCUCUCGGCUGAACAUCAUCAUUGUUGCAGAGGGAGCAAUAGACCGCAGUGGGAAACCAAUCACCUGUGACAUCAUCAAACAGUUGGUAUCAACGAAGCUAGGCUUCGACACUCGAGCCACAGUCCUGGGCCACGUUCAGAGAGGAGGAACUCCCUCUGCGUUUGACAGAAUCCUGGCAAGCAGGAUGGGUGUGGAAGCAGUUAUGGCCCUGUUGGAGGCCACACCUGAUACUCCUGCCUGUGUGGUCAGCUUGUCUGGAAACAUGGCUGUCAGGCUGCCGCUCAUGGAGUGCGUGCAAGUCACUAAAGACGUCACAACAGCAAUGUCAGAAGGGCGGUAUGAAGAUGCAGUGAAGCUCAGGGGAAAGAGUUUUGAGAACAACUGGAACACUUACAAAAUGUUGGCUCACGUGCGCCCACCAGACACAAAGAGUAAUAUCAACAUUGCCUUAGUGAACGUAGGAGCCCCCUGCGCAGGGAUGAAUGCUGCAGUUCGUGCAGCUGUCAGGACUGGGCUCCUUCAGGGUCACCAGAUGCUGGCGGUGCAUGACGGAUUUGAUGGCCUGGCGCAUGGGAUGAUUGAGCCUAUCGGUUGGUCUGGAGUGGCAGGAUGGACUGGGAAAGGUGGAUCCAUGCUGGGCACAAAGAGAACUCUGCCGAGUGAGUUCAUAGAAGAGAUCAGUCUGAACAUCACUAAGUUCAACAUCCAUGCUAUCAUCAUCAUUGGAGGCUUUGAGGCAUUCCUGGGUGGUAUGGAGAUGGUGCAAGCCAGAGAAAAGUAUGAGGAACUGUGUAUUCCACUUGUUGUUAUUCCUGCUACGGUCUCCAACAAUGUUCCAGGAUCGGACUUCAGUAUCGGCACUGACACUGCCCUCAACACCAUAACUAUGACAUGUGACAGGAUCAAGCAAUCUGCUGCUGGAACUAAGAGGAGAGUGUUCAUUGUUGAGACUAUGGGAGGAUACUGUGGCUACCUAGCAACCAUGGCUGGGUUAGCAUCUGGAGCUGACGCUGCAUACAUUUAUGAAGAACCUUUUAGCAUUCACGAUCUUGAGUUGAAUGUGGACCAUCUGGUGGAAAAGAUGAAGACCACCGUGAAGAGGGGACUCAUUCUCAGAAAUGAGAAAUGCAACGCAAACUACACCACUGACUUUAUCUUCAACCUGUAUUCGGAGGAGGGCAAGGGUGUGUUUGACUGCAGAAAAAAUGUUCUGGGCCACAUGCAGCAGGGUGGAACGCCCAGUCCGUUUGACAGGAACUUUGGCACAAAGAUGGGGAUGAAGUCUGUUCUUUGGCUGACUGACAAGCUGAAGGAAUGCUACAGACACGGUCGCAUCUUUGCCAACUCUAAGGAUUCAGCCUGUGUGUUGGGAAUGAGGAAACGUGCUUUAGUCUUCCAGCCGCUGGCAGAACUUAAAAAUGAGACUGACUUUGAACAUCGUAUUCCAAAGACCCAGUGGUGGCUGAGGCUGAGGCCCAUCUUAAAGAUCCUGGCCAAGUACAAGAUCAACCUGGACACGUCUGAGCGGGCUGCAAUGGAGCAUGUCAUCAAGAAGAGAAGCUUUGUUUCUCAGUAGCUUUUCAACAUGGUGACUCUGGGCGUGGUCUAUCCCUGAAGCGCCGUGUAAACUCAGCUUUAAGGAAAGUGCUUUAGAAAUAAAGAAAUGAUAACAAAACACUCUUGGACUCAAAAUAUGAAGUCAAAUCCUGUGUGUGAUUGAUUUUGUUUACUGGAAAUUUCGAUGAGCUGAGGUGUAAAAUAUUUCUCAGUUGUCUCUAGCUUAGACAGUUAGUGCACUGAGGUUUUGAUAUACCUUGAAAUGUUUUUAAUCACUAAUUUUUAGAAAUUUUCAUUGAAAUUUAAAUCCACCCAACUGUGUUCUGUGUAUCAUUUGAGUUAGUUGUACCCAAAGUCAAGCCACUGUUAUUUAUACAGACAAAUAAACGUAGGCUAUUUCA